UACCUUUGUGCAGCUGAACUACUAGGAUUUGAUAGUUUCAUUCCGCCAUUUGUAACUGCAAGAGGCAAAGAAAUACUCAAAGGCGUCAAUUAUGCAUCAGGAGUUGCUGGAAUUCGUGAUGAGACUGGCUAUCGAUGGACUUUGUAUAGCUAUGGAGCAAGGAAGGUGGCUGUGUCAAAUAUUGGUCUAUUAGGUUGCUUGCCAGAAGAGUUGGAGGUGUUUGGAAGAAAUGCAUCUGGAUGUGUUGAUUUCAUAAAUAAUUAUGUGAAGCUGUUUAAUGACAAACUCAAGCUUCUUAUUGAUGAUUUGAACAUUAAUCUUCCUAAUGCAAGGUUUAUUUACAUAAAUCAGACUAGCAUUUCAUCUGGGGGUCCCUCACCUGUUGGAUUUACAGUGGACUCAUCAUGCUGCAUAACAUCAGACACUAUAGCCAAAGGACAAUGCCGUAAAGGUGAAGUUCCAUGCAACAACAGGAAUCAGUAUAUUUUCUUUGAUAAUUUUCACCCUACAGAAAUUGCAAAUAUGGCCACAGCUAGAAGAUCAUUUAAUGCUUUUCUACCGUCUGAUGCAUAUCCAACGGAUAUUAGCCAAUUGGUGCAAACUUAAUAUUAAUCUCUGUGUGUUAAUUCCUCUACCAUUGCAUUGUUAGCUUUGAAUUCAUUGCAUUGUUAAAAUUAUGUAUUCAUAUAUGAUAUUUGUCGACUCAUCAUGCUUAUAUAUGAAAAUUUAUA